AUGUCACAGACAGUCGGUCUCACCCGUCUCGCCUACUCCCGAUCAUGGCAUCACAUAUCCGCCUCGACGCCUCAUUCCACACUCUCCACGAUCAAAUCCCCCCCUGAUGCAAUCACACCACCCUCCCUAGGCAGACUGGCCAGCCGCAUCGCCGUGCUGCUGAUGGGCAAGCACAAGCCGAUCUGGGACCCGUCGACGGACUGCGGCGACUACGUAGUGGUGACCAACUGCGCGGCGCUGUACACCACAGGCCUCAAGAAGUGGCGCAAGACGUACUACAGGCACAACACCCGGCCGGGCUCCCUGCGCAGCGUCACGAUGGACCUGCUGAUGGAGAAGCACGGCGGCGCCGAGGUGCUGCGCAAGGCCGUCAGCGGCAUGCUGCCCAAGAACAGGCUGCGCGACAAGCGGCUGGCGCGGCUCAAGGCGUUCGAGGGUGAGGCGCACCCCUACGACGCGAACAUUGUGCGGUUCGGGGACAAGAAGGUCGGCGAGGAGGGCUGGCAGGAUGUGGUCAAGGCGAUACGGCAGGCGGACAAGGAGACGCUAUAG